AUGGCAGCUAACUUCUGGCGGGAUAUGGAGGAGCCCAGUCAUGACAUGUCCGAACUCGCUUUCGAACUGUUCGACAGAUAUGGAUACCUCAACGCGAAAUUUAAGGACCACUGUAUUCAGCGCGGUACUGGCGUGUGGGGGGCAGAGAUGGAUAAUGGACCACUCUUCCUCAUUGAGAGAACUAUUGUUACAGACAGGGAUCUCCGGGGAAAAGGAAUCGGUCGUGCUAUGAUUUCACUCAUGAUACAGAAAGCCCAGACCAGAGAAAAACCUCAGACUGGGGAACAAAUUCAAAUGUCCAAGAUCUUCUAUGGAGAAGAGGACCUUUCGAAGUAUUCGACUUUGCACGCAGUUGUAGUGCCUGGAUGGCUUCGAUCCGAUGUCGAGCCUCUAGCAAAAGGCGUGUCUAGAGCUGAGAAGAGAAAGAUCUACAAUCAAGCAUGUGAUGACGCUGUCGCAUUCUAUCGAACUUUUGGCUUUCGGCGUAUUGGUGCGUCGAGCUGCUUCGGAUACUCCUUCGAUCCUGCUCAUAAGUCUCGAGCGAUUGAGGCGUCCGCGGAUUAUGACCCUCCAGAGCCACCUGAGGAAGACUUGUCCGAGGAUGAAGGUGCAAAUCCAUUUGACGAUAGCAAACAGCAGAAGAAAAUGGAUCGUCUACGAGAUAAACUCCCACUUCAUCACGCUACAUUGACGCUACCCGACAAGGAAUGUGUAGCAUUCUAUAAGGGUUUCCUGGACCACAGCGGGAUCGAAUGGAAGCAAUCCGAUCGUUUGGAGAAUAAUGUUCUUCACGUUGCGGCCUGUCAGCAGAAGCCGGAAAGUGUCAAGUGGAUAAUGGAGAACGCCAAUACCGGAACAGUCUUGUCCUCCUCUCGCAACAUCCACGGUUACACUCCCCUUGAAGCUUUACAAGACGUUCUUGAGAUUGGCAGAACCAGAAAGGAGGUUCGCAUGUUGACACUGGUUGUCGCGGAUCAAUUUGAAGGCUUCAACACGGAUGCAGUAGAUUGUCUGUCGCUGUUGACUGGUCUUGAUCCUCGUACCAUGUCGAAAAUUCAGCGUCAACGAUUGAAAUUUGGCUGCACUUGUGGCGAAUGUCUCGAUGGAUUUAUGUCACCGCGCAUGUGUGCCGCUCUUCUGUUCCAGGCUGAAACCACCUGCGAUAUGCUUGACAUGGACAUUGGAAACGGUCCAGACUGGUGUAUGUCAAAUGACUACAUGUUCACUUAUGUGGCACCUGAUCUUCGUCAAAACUUUCGAACGAACAAGUCCUAUCGUGAAGGUUUCAAGAACAUCUUUGGUUUCAUGGCCGAAUGUUUACGAGCAAAGAUGCUACCUGUACGAGACAACGUUUUGCUGCAAUGGGAAAACGAAUCUGAAUGGCCACCAGUGACUCGAAAUUACUUACAGCGCGGAGGCACACUCGAAGGCAAGAUUGAACCAGCCUUGAGAAUUUGCUUUGACCACGCGCAAGAGCAAGGUGAGAAGACUGGCGAUGGAGAGUACGAGAGAGUAAUGAAGAACGAGGUCCCCUUGUUGAAGAAGUGCAGGAAUGACGAUGAGUUUCGAUUCGUUGCUGUUCAGUGCGGCUUACCGGCUCAAGAGUACUACUAG